CGCCUUCUCCGCGAAAACGACGCUCGGAUAUUUUGGCCCUAAAGCUUUGCCGUAAUGUUGCCGUCAACUAGCAUUAACUGUCGCAGCACUCAGUCCACAACAGAGGUCACAACAAACCAUUCAGCAUGGGAGGUGACCAUGGACACAGCAAGUUGUCAAUGCCAGACUGGAAACAAUGGAAGGUGCAGGGAACACCGCUGGAGUUCACCCAGCAGAGGCUGGCAGCCAGGGGCCUCAAGGACCCAUGGUUACGCAAUGAAGCGUGGAGAUAUUCAGGCGGCUUCGCUCGUGCUGUGACUCUGUCAGAAGUUCUGCUGAGAGGAUUCAAGUGGGGCUUUGCUGCUUUUACUGUUGCUCUGGCUAUAGAGUACACCAUGUUCCCCCCCAAGAAGGGAGGCCACUAAUGCUCAUCAUUGUCCCUCAAGCCUGAUGGAGUCUAAUUAUAUUCUGUAUUUUCUGUUUAAUAAAUGUCUUUUUGAUCACCA